CUAAAAAUAUUUUGCCUCUCCUUAAUAGAAUUUCCGCCCCUCUCUUUAAGAACUUAAGCGUUAAAAUUAAUUCUUCCCCUCUUCUAGAGCUGAAAAAAAAUAUGGAGAGAAUCGAAGGUUUGUUAGGCCCGGAAGACAACAAGUCAAGAACAUUGAGCCCAUAUGUUACUGGAACAUCUGUGCUUGGUAUUAAGUACAAAGAUGGAGUUCUCAUGGCUGCCGAUAUGGGAGGUUCUUAUGGUUCAACUCUGCGCUACAAGAACGUGGAACGAGUUAAACCAGUUGGAAAACAUACUCUUGUCGGUGCUAGUGGAGAAAUUAGUGAUUUCCAGGAGAUCAUGCGUUAUCUUGAUGAACUUAUCUUGUACGACAACAUGUGGGACGAUGACAAUUCUUUGGGCCCAAAAGAGAUUCACAACUAUUUAACUCGGGUGAUGUAUAAUAGGCGUAACAAGUUUGAUCCACUUUGGAAUUCACUUGUCAUCGGUGGAGUAAAAAAUGGCAAGAAAUAUCUUGGCACGGUCAGUAUGCUAGGAGUGCAUUUUGAAGACGAUCACAUAGCAACCGGCUUUGGGAAUCAUCUGGCUCGGCCGAUCCUCCGUGCUGAACAUAGUAAUGACAUGAGCUUUGAAGAUGCUGUUAAGUUACUGGAGAAGUGUAUGCUUGUACUUCUUUACCGUGAUAGAUCUGCAAUCAACAAGCUUCAGAUCUCUAACAUUACUGAAGAAGGGGUCACAAUUUCACAGCCUUACUCUCUGAAAACUUUCUGGGGUUUGUCCGCCUUCAAAGAUCCAACCAAGGGUGCCCAAGGUUCAUGGUAGUGACAUUGUCCUUUAAUGUCUUGACAUUGACAUCCCCUAUAUAUGGAUUAAGAAACUCAUGACAUGUAUUAAAAGUUGACGUUUGUUCAACUAGACAUGUAUUAAAAGUUGCUGCAACUUGAUCCAUCAAGUUUUGUAUAGAUUGCUUCAGGCUGUCCUUAUAUUGGAUGUUUUGCUUACGAAUUGUUAGCCCAUUUUUCUUUUAUUUUGUCGGAUUCAGUGGGUUAUCUGCUUAAAAUGCAAACUGUUUCUUAAAAAAAUUUAUAAUAAUAGAGAUUACUGUACUAGUA